CACAGCUGUGCGCGGCGAACGAAAUUGUCGUUGCUGCGCCCGCGACGCGAAGCUGCGCCACGGAAAACUCUUAAAAAUAACACAACGCAAAAACUAAACAAAAAACGGUCGCGAAUGCGGCGUCCAACAACAACAAUUAGAGAAGCCAAAAGUCAAGCAACUAAAAUCGCUAAGAGUGAAAAAUUCAACUGGAAAUGCAAUUGGAAAACCGAAUAUCGUAUUGAUUUUCUUGUUUGUGUGUGCGCGGGUCCGUGAAAAACGCAACAAAAGCAAAAGCAACCACUUCCAGACUUCCCAAUAAGCCACUUCCUUUUCUUCCACCUAGCGGUAAUCAUUGCCAAUUGGAACCGCGAUCUUUGCUUUCCAGCGACAGCAACAACAAUGUAGACAAGUGCAAGUGUUUUUGUUGUGUAGUUGUAGUUACUAAACAAGAUAAAGUGAGAAAGGGAGCGAUAGAGACAACAACAAAAGCGAAAGUUUUAUUGAGUGCGUUUGUAUAUGUGUUGUAUUAUGUGGUGUUGUGCGAAAAAUGGUGGAUAAAUAUAGGCAAUAAUAAAUGCAAAUCUUUGCUAAUAAAAGGGUAUUUCGGCACAAAUCGCUUGAUAAAUUAUAAAUGCAGGGAGUGGCCGGCUAAGUGGGAAUUUUUCGGCUAAACUUGAAGCUCAUAGGCAACGAUAAAAUGUGGAUACCUUCGAACAACAAAUACGGAGUUGCCAUCCACAAUUGGCAUGGCGAUGUCCGGUUUGGCCUGGCACUGGACGUCGGCGAUUCCGUGGACAUUGUGGAGGAGUGCAAGCACUGGUAUCGCGGCUCGUGUCCCCGAAAAUCUCGGGCUGUGGGCCUCUUUCCCAAAACCUACAUACACAUCAAGGACCUAACGAAAAUCGAUCCCGUGGUCGCCGAAUGUACGCAGGUCCUGCGCGAAUGGUCGGAGAUCUGGAAGCGUCUCUAUGUGGAUCGCGAGGCAUACAAGUUCCAAACCCUGCGCAAAGUUAUGUUUUCCAUAUUGGAAAGUCGUCGGGAGCUCUUGAGUGCCACCAUGACUCAGGAUCAGACACUGGAGCUUCAGAUGGUUGUGGUUUCAAAAAUCGACUGGGGCAAUCGCAAACUCGGCCUGGACUUGGUGCCCAGAGAGGGACCGCUGGCGGUGGAUCCACAUGGCAUCGGCAUCGUCAAGCUGUACAACGUGCACGUGAGCAGUGCCGAUAACGCCAAGGCCUCAUCGAGUCGAGGAACUUUGAGGCGUAAGACGCAGCGCAAAAUCCUCACCCACCAUCUGUACUUUUGCAUGCGCGACUUUGGCCAUCGGAUAGGCGGCGAUGAUGCGGAGGUCUAUUUCUUUCUCUACGACGGCAGUCACAUGCGACCACUGUCCGAGCGGUUUCUGGUCAAGAUCUCCAAAGAUGGUUUCUCCAAUUACAUUGAAAAGUUGCACAGCAACUGCACGGUGUUUACCGAUCUGGGGGCGGCUGAUCUAAAUGAGGACCUUCAUUUGGUGGCCGUGGUAAUGCGCGUGGGCAAGAUCAUUCAAUCGGACUCCAUUAAGAAGAUCGAGAAGAGUGGCACCUAUGGCCAUGGGCCAACCUUUCGUCGUCCGUUCGGCGUGGGUGUGCUCUCGCUGGGCGACAUUGCCCACUUCGACAGCAGCCUGGAGCAGUCCUCCGAUGAGCGGGAGUACAACUUCAAGCUGUACCAGAGCGAGGAGAAGGACUUCCACCUGCUGCCGGAGCUGAUCAUCAAGAAGUCGAGUGGAAAAUACUCGCCCAUCCAGAUGAGUCAGGGAACGCAGGGCAUUGUGGUGUCUCUAAAACUGCUGCACGGUGGCUUGGGUCAGGCUCGCCAGGAACAGCCGCUGCUCUUCCAGGGCUCCACGAUCACCAGAAAGAUGGGCUUUCCGGAUGUCAUCAUGCCCGGUGAUGUCCGCAACGAUCUGUUCCUCACCCUGGAACGCGGUGAAUUCGAGCGGGGUGGAAAGAACACGGGAAAGAACAUCCUGGUGACAGUUGUGGUGCUGGACGAAACGGGCAGUGUUCUGAACGACUGUCUGUGGGGUGCCUCUGGCAUGGACCCCCAGAUGCAGUACCGGUCCAUGAUCCUGUACCACCAGAAUGCACCCAGUUGGAACGAGAUGCUGCGCCUCAGUGUGCCCAUCGACAAGUUUGGCACGGCUCAUGUGCGAUUCGAGUUCAGACACUGCUCGACGAGGGAUAAGACGGAGCCGAAGCUGUUCGCCUUCAGCUUCGCCAGGCUUAUGGACACGGGAGGAGCCACCCUGGGCGAUGGCCAGCACGAGUUGUAUGUGUACAAGUGCGAGGAUCCCGCCAAACUGCAGGCAUCGAACUAUCUGCGGCUGCAGUGUCGACCGCGUGAUGCCCAGGCCAAGAUGGACUGCGGCGGCUGCUUCAGUCGCAGCUCCAAGGAGGUGUUCGUCCUGCGCUCCCUGCUCUGCUCCACCAAGCUGACCCAGAACGCGGACCUCCUCUCGCUGCUGCAGUGGCGCACGUACCCGGAAACGAUACAGGAUUCGCUGACGGGAGUGCUGCGGCUAAAUGAUGAAGAACUGGUCAAGUUCCUGCAGGAUGUGCUGGACGCCCUGUUUGCGAUGUUCUCCAACGAGGAGGGCAACAGCACUCAGCACUCGGGCUUGGUCUUCCAUGUGCUGGUGAGCAUCUUCAGCCUGCUGCAGAGCAACAAGUUCCAACACUUUCGGCCGGUGAUGAACGAGUACAUUGAGAACCACUUUGCGGCCGCAUUGGUCUACAAGGGUCUCAUUACCUCCGUGGAGCACAUGGCCGUGUUCAUGACCAAGGCAGAGCACCCUGAUCCCUUCCAGAAGUGCUUCGGCUCGCUGGAGUACAUCUUCAAGCUGUUAAUCCAGUCGAGGCGACUGUUUGCCAGGGCCACCGGCGGGCAGUACGAGGACUCGUUCCGCCGGGACCUGCACUCCCUUUUUACGGCCCUCAACGGAAUGCUGGCCGUGCCCUCGUACGAUGUCAUCAUUCCCACCCAGGAGGCGCUGCUCAACUCGACGGGUGUGGUGCUGGAGCAGUUGAAGGACACGCUGCCCGCUCCGGAGUUGGGCAUGCUGGCGAGGAACAUGCUGGAUGCCAUUCCCCGGGGAGCUCCCAUUCGGCUGAUUCAGGCGAAACUGCAUGCUGUCAAGGAUCUGGUGUCUGGGGAGUUGUUCCACGAGGAUGAUUCCCGCACUGUGGUGCUUUCGGUGGCCUGCAAGCACCUGCGAAUGCAUCUCAGCCGUCGCGAUGAACUGCGUCUGUGCGCGGAGAUUCUGUCAGAGAUUCUCAGCCAGCUGUAUGACUUGCAGAAGGAGCAGCGGGACAAGGUGACCAACACACUGCAGCACGACCUGGACUCGCUGUGCAAGAACAUACUGGGGAUACUCAUCCGCACCAUUAGCAUUAUUAUGGAGGGCUCCAAUGCAGUGCUGCCUCAGUUGGUCUCCUGCCUGCUGGGGCUGUUGCAGCUGCUCGACGAGACGCACUACAAGCGCUACUGGGACGAGCUGAGUCCCAACAAGGAUCCGCGCGACCUGAAGGAGUUCCUGAGCAAGUCCCUGCUGGUGUACGAGGAGCUGCUGACCCAGGACUGGCAUGUCUUCCCCAACGACUGGCUGGUGAUGAAGCUGGCCGCCAACGAUGUGCUGCGCAUGUCGCUGGAGGAGUUCGCCAAGCCACUGGUGUACAGAUUCCUGGGACCGCAGGCCUUCGACUCGCAGCUGUGGUGGAACUACUUCAGCCUGGCCGUGUCCUUCCUCACCCAGCCCUCGCUACAGCUGGAGCAGUAUCGAGAGCCCAAGCGACUGAAGAUACUCCACUCGCACGGCGACAUGCGGGUGCUAAUGGGCUUCCAGAUACUCAGCAUGUGGUCGCAGCUGGGCGAGCAAAAGCUGCACUUCAUUCCCUCGAUGGUGGGGCCAUUCCUGGAGGUCACCUUGGUGCCAGAGCCGGCUCUGCGGAAGGCCACGCUUUCCGUCUUUUACGACAUGAUGCAGUGCGAGCAGGCUGCCCGGGGCUCGUUCCGCUUGGUGGAGAGCGAACUGAUUGACAAGCUGGACCUGCUCAUCAGCGAGAACAAGGGUGACGACGAGUACAGGGAGCUCUUCAGCACCAUGGAACAUCUCAGCUUGGUUCUGCUGGAGAAAGUCCAGGUGGAGAAUCCCAACUGGAAGGAUGCUGGCAUUGCCUUCAUAGGCUCGGUCACCCGGCUUUUGGAGCGACUCCUGGACUACCGCAGUGUGAUGCAGGGCGAGGAGAAUCGGGACAAGCGGAUGACCUGCACCGUCAAUCUACUCAAUUUCUACAAGAACGAAAUCAAUCGGAAGGAGAUGUAUCUGAGAUACAUUUACAAGUUGCACAACUUGCACCUGCAGGCAGAGAACUACACAGAGGCGGGCUUCACACUCAAAUUGUAUGCCUCCAUGCUGAGCUGGGAUCGGGAGACCCAGAGUUUUGCCCCCUUCGACAACAGUGGCCAGCCGGAGUGGCAGCGCAAGGAGCGACUUUAUCAUGAGAUCCUCAAAUACUUCGACAAGGGCAAGUGCUGGGAGAAGGGCAUACCAUUGUGCAAGGAACUGGCCCAGCUCUAUGAAACACGUCGGUUUGACUACAACAAGUUGAGUGAGAUACUCAUACAGGAGGCCAAGUUCUUCCAGAAUAUCCUUACUCAAUUGCGACCGGAACCGGAGUAUUUCCGGGUGGGAUUCUACGGCAUGGGUCUGCCGCUUUUUGUGCGGAACAAGCAAUUUGUCUAUCGGGGACUGGAGUACGAGCGAAUUGGUGCCUUCACACAGCGUCUGCAAACGGAGUUUCCCAGUGCCCAGAUCCUGGGCAACAACAGUCCGCCGGACAGCGCCAUCCUGAACGCUCCGGAUCAGUACAUACAGAUUAGCAAUGUGAGACCCGUCGGGGAUGCGCAGGCCUUGAAGACGGCCAUGGUGCCGGUGCCGGAGAAGAUCGCCCGAUUCUAUGAGGUCAACGAUGUGACCCGGUUCAUCUACGACCGACCCAUGUACAAGGGAACCGUCGACAAGGACAACGAGUUCAAGUCGCUGUGGAUUGAGCGUACCAUCCUGGAGAUCGCCAGUCCCCUGCCCGGAAUCCUGCGCUGGUACGAGGUGAAGCAGAAGACCAUGCAGGAGUUGACGCCGGUGGAGUACGCCUGCGAGAUCAUCAGCAAUGCGGGCAAGGAGCUGUCCGAACUGAUUGUGCAGUACAAACGCGAUCCGAAGAGGAACAUCAAUCCGUUUUCGAUGCGUCUACAGGGCACGAUCGAUGCCAAUGUCAUGGGCGGCAUCAGCAAGUACCAGGAGGCCUUCUUCUCCGAGCAGUUCCUCAAGUCGCCGCAGGGUGCCGGCCAGCAGGCGAAUGUGCAGCGCCUAAAGGCCCUGAUCCUGGAGCAGAUCCAGAUUCUGGAGCAGGCUCUGGAACUGCAUGGCCAGCUGGCGCCCAGCGGAGUGCAGCCACUGCACAAUCGACUCCUCGAGCGCUUUUCGCAGCUGAAACAGAGCCUCUCCGGCAUGGGCAGACUGAAGAGACAGCACUCGGAGAGCAUUGUGAACACGCCGUUGCCACCGUUGCCCACGGAGCAGCGAGUGGCGCAGGCCACCACCGCCUGCUCCAGCUCAAAUGCCAAUGCCAAUGCCAAUGCCCACGCCAACUAUGUCUACGAUCUGGACGAGAUCUACACGAGACCGGGCGACACACUGCGACCCGUGGACCCACUCAACUCCUAUCAAACGCUGAGCAAAGAGAGCCUCACUAUUCCGCUGGAGGACACUGCAGCUCCGCCAGUGCCAAAUCGACCGCGCUCGCAAAACUUUAUGGGCAACGGAGCCAUGGACAGUCCGGAGGUGCCGCCCAAACGGCAGCCGGCUAUAAACUCACCCAAUGCCCCGCCGCUGCCACCGCGUGGAAUAACGCCGGAUAAGCGGGCCUCGAAUCCGAUGAUCUUUAAUGACUUUGGCGGCGCCGAUGCCGUGGGCCGACGUCACUCCCAGCAGCAGCAGCAGCAGCAUGGCCAGAAAUACUCCGUGGUGGACAUCAGCUACGACGAUCCCGAGGCCGACCAGCAGCCGCACUCGCUGCCGCCGAACUUCCAGGACGGCAGUGGGGGUCACCUGAGCGUCUGCUUUGCGCCCAACGACUUCCGCGACUCGGGCAUCUCGACGACCAGCUCCAGGGAACUGAACCACAUGAAUCUCAACAACCUGAGCGAAGACUCAUCGUCGAUCUCGGCCGUCACAGUGCAGCAUCGGGAGCACUGUCGCAUCAGCAGCAACGGCAGCUUGGACUACAACGCCAGUGCAUCGAUGAACAUCACCCAGCGCGAGAGUUCGACAAGUUCGUUCGACGUGGAGGAUUUCCCGGUGCCACCGCCGCCCAUUCCGCCCAAAUCCUUGGCCAUAUCCAGCAAUGGGGUCAGCAUGGGCGGCGAUGAGGCCCAUUCACCGCAUCCCAGCUCACAAGCGCACACCACACAACUCAAUCACAGUCAAAAUCAUUCCACAAACAGUCACCAUCAUCUCGUCCUGCAGCAGCAGCAGCAUCAGCAGCAGAAUGGAGAUGGCGAUGGUUACAGCUUGCUGCAGCACCAGGUCAACGGGUUGGGCCUAGCCACUCAUCCGCCACUGCCUGCUGCUGCUGCUGAAGUCGCUCUACCACCGGCAUCUGCCAUAGCCUCAUCCUCAUCUAGUCAUCAGCACGAUGGCGGCACUUUUUGA